UUUCGUGCUGAUGAAGCGCAAAUGAUCUGUGAGGAAGGAAAAAUUUCGAGGAAUUUGCGAGGAAGGAGUGAAAGACGCAGAAAUUGGUCUGGAGCAGAUUCCUUUCGCUGCAGCAGUAGCAGUGCUCGCAGUAGCAGCAGCAGCAGCAGCAGGCAGGCAAGGCAGGCAGCAGCAUCAACAACAGCAUAGGAAUAGCAAAGGGCAGCGUCACGCAUCAUCCUUGGGGCCUCCUCCUCCUUGUAGAAAAGAGCGCUCGCGCCAUCAGAAUUCCUGAGAGGAGACAGAUAGAAGAGGUGUGACUUUGUUGUGCAGCAGAGAGGGUGUAGAGCAGAGUAAGCAAAGCAAGGAACAACAAAAGCAACAGCAGUGGUGGUGAAAACAACAGGCGGAUUGGUUGAUUGAUUGAUUGAUUGUUCUGAUAGAUUGAUUAAGCGAGAGCGAGGGUGGGAGACAGACAGAGACAGAGAGGGAGCGAGGGAGAGACAGAAAUAAAAAGAAAGAAGCAAGGUUUGCGAGAGGGUUGGAGUCGAAGAAGGGUGGGAAAGGCAGCAACUGGGAGCACGUACCCGAACGACAGCAAGCAGCUAAGGCGUACAGAGUGAUAGAUGGGGCUGCUGUGAGGUGGAAAGAAAAGCGAUUCAUAUAUUUGACCAACUUGGAGAAACAGCGAAAGGGUGAAAGUCGUAGUUGUAGGAAUUCUUCAACCAUGCGUGGAAGAUCUCGAGGAAGAACGAGCUGGAGUUUUCAAAGGCACCAAGAGCUUGAAGGUCAUUGCAGCAACGAUUGUCCCUGUCGAGCCUGUUGAGGUACAGAAGAAGAGAGUCUGCGGAGCUCAGCACUAAGCACUCAGCACGUCCUCGCCCGCCCGCCCUACCUAUCAACGCCAUCGAUUGCGCGAAACAAACAUAACCUCACAGCGCGUCCAUUCAAUGGUGGCAUCGUCCGAAUCAGAGACAUGAAAUUUCAGUGGUUGUUCCGUCGGAAAAGUGGUGAGCGCAAAUUGGAAUUGAAGGGCGGCCAGGGAAAGAUGGGUGCCAAUUUGUCCUAUCGCAAGCGCCUGAUGGACCCGAGUCCGCUGCGAGCCCUGCAGAACCAGCAGCGGGUGACCCCGCUGGCUUCCGAGGACGGCGAGGGCAGCAGCCGCGGGCGCAGCACUCGCGGCGAAGGCAGCAGCCGCGGGGGCAGCCGCGGGGGCGGCGAGGGCAGCAGCCGAGCGUCGGUGGACAGUAUUGUGCGCGUUGGGUCCGACACGAGCGACGAGACGACGUCCGAGGACGGUGGCGAGGAUCUGAGUGUGAGCUUUGGAUACCACUGUCGGGACGAUACUGCUUUGAUGGAGGAGGAGGAGGAAGAUGUUGCGCCUCUGGCGACGAUGAUGACGACGACGACGACGACUGCCCCUGCGACGACGACGACCGCAGCUGGGGAUCACUUGAGUGUCGGCGUGCCUGCGGCCGCAGCAGCAUCCAUCUUCUCCCCGGAACACUUGCUCAUGUCUCCCCCAUGCGCCACAAAACCGUUUUCGAAAAAAAGUAGAUCGUUUUCUUGCUUGACCGGAGCUGCACUGAGCGCCAAUGCCACUUUGGCCAACACCACCAUUUGCAAUGGUCUGAUCGGGGAAGAAAUUCUGCCGGGCCUCGAUUCUCCUCGCACGUUUCGGAAGUUGAAUUCUUCAGCGUCGACUACAAUGUUGGAACUUUCGAGGGGGUCCUCUAACGCCACCCAUCAAUCUGCUUCUUUCCCUCCUGCCUUCCCUGCCGAGUAUGGAAGCGAUCACUGUCAGGAAAUGGACAACCCUUCUUUCUUGGAAGCAGGCGAUGUUCAAAUGGCCGGCGGAGCUGCUGGUGAGGACCGUGUGCAAGCCGUGUGUUCGGAAGAGAACGGCUGGCUCUACUGCGGUAUCUACGACGGUUUCAACGGACGAGACGCAGCCGACUAUCUGGCGGGAACGUUUUAUGAAAAUGUCGGAUUGCACAUGAAAUUGGUGGAAUGGCAUGUCCAGAGGGAGUCGGUGCGGGAGCUCAGAAGUCCUUACAUCUUGGAAACUCCUCAUCUGGAAGGCGGAAUUCGGGACCCGAUAAUUACAGACGAUUGUAUGGAUUUGCAGCUCGCCGGUGAACCCGAUUUUACCAUGUAUGACGAAAACGAAGUCCAGCAGCAGGCUAUGAUGCGAGGAUUGAUGCGAGCUUUUAACCAGACUGAAGGAGAUUUCUUGUCUAUGGUGGAACAGGAGAUGGACGAGCGUCCGGAGCUUGCCAUGGUAGGCUCAUGCGUUUUGUCUGUACUUAUCCACGGCAAGAAUCUGUACACUCUGAACCUGGGUGACAGUCGUGCUGUGUUGGCAACCUACUCACCCCAAAAGUUUAACAAAGGGAGGUGCGAUGGCGACCUCUAUGCUGUCCAGCUAACGGAGUCUCACGUGGUUGAUAACGUUGACGAGAAGCAGAGAAUUUUAGCAGAGCACCCUGAUGAUCACACGGCCAUCUCAGGUGGACGACUCAAAGGGAAACUCAAGGUCACUCGCGCUUUUGGGGCAGGGUAUCUGAAGAAGGCCAAGCUGAAUGAUGGUUUGAUGGGUAUCCUGAGAGUUAAAGAUCUGUACACACCUCCCUAUCUUGGUACAGUCCCCUGCGUGAGUGCACAUGCGGUAACUUGUGAUGAUGUUUUCGUGGUUCUGGGGAGCGAUGGUCUUUUCGACUUUUUCACCAAUGAGGAGGUGGUGAAUCUUGUGCAUCACUACAUUUUGGACUAUCCACACGGAGAUCCUGCUAAGUACAUGCUGGAGCAGCUUUUAAAUCGCGCAGCUCUAAACGCAGACAUAACAGUGGAGCAACUGAAGACCAUUCCCAUCGGUAGGAGGAGGAAAUACCACGAUGAUGUCACCGUUAUUAUAAUAGUGUUGGGAACCGAAUUUCGUACUUCUUCGGCGUCGACUGAGUCUUAGUUGAGGUGGAAUGAAGCUCUCGCCCAUCCAGAGAGGGACCUCGUUUUUAAGCAGGAAACAGAAUCUCUACACUUCUCUCAACUGAUCAAGAGUAAACUUUGGUCGUCAACUGGAGCAAAUUUUUGGAAGUCAGCAUGCUAAAGCACGUGGGUAGUGCAACCGUGCGUACAGCUCCUCUCUGACACACGGCACCCAAAGCACAUCCAUGGCGUUCGGAACUGAGCUUGUAACAAAGUGAGAGUUCUUUUUCUGUGAUAACCGGUGCGUGAAGUAUGUGGCGCAUUGCUGCAUAUAGUAUAUAUUUUCGAUCCAAAAUCUUUUUGGUUCCUCUCAAAGUAACAGACCGACCUGGGGUUUUCAAACAUCACUCAUCUCAGGCACAUCACCAGGUGCGGCAGUUGCAUACUUGGUCCAAACAUCGUCAACUGGACAUCAAUUAGAUCGGGUCUGUGGCAAUCGAAGGUGGGCGUUGACAUAUCUAAGUCACCCUUCAGGCUCAUGGGAUGCCAAUCUGCGAAGUGUACAUGAAAGGAUUCGAAGUACAUGAAGGAUAUUUCUAUUAUCUUUGCAAGCUCAAUAAUGCCAUGUGCCGAUGUGGGAAAUUGAAUUCUGUUUGCUCAGACGCUCUUUUUUGAGGGCUUAUUUGUUCGAUAGAGUAGGGAUAUUUAAGACGUUCAUCGAUCUGCUGGGCAGUCGAAUGCUGUCAGUCAGGUGGAAUAUUUUCAGGGUUUCCUUGUUUGACAGAGUAGGAUAAUCAAGAUGCGCCUAUUCGGGCUCUUGUUGCAAUCUUAGAUGUGUUUCUUCGUCAUGUACAUGAAAUUUAUCCCUUGAGAUACAUAGAAGAUAAAGCGGAACUGACCAAAUCAGAAGUUGCCGAGUUGGAGAAGUUGCUGUUGCUAUUAUAGUCACCUUGGUGAUAAUGCUUGUUCAAGCAUAUCACACCCAGUUUUGCAACUUUGCAAUUAUAUGAACUUACACGUUGGAAAGCGGUACAGCUCUAAAGAUUUAAACUUAAAAGCCCAUGA